CGGCGAGAGCAAGUAAAAGACAAGAACGAGAAUUAGACUACAUGGAGAAAUCGUCUAGUUCAAAAGAAAAACAAAAAAGGCAAAUCAACAAAUGUAUAAAGAAAGAAUACGAAAAAUGUUGAGAACUAAAAAAAAAACAAUUACCACUACGAAUGCCCAAACAAAGCAAAAUAAUGAAAGAUGGUAGAGCAGAAAUUAUGAGCUGUGAAAAAAACGUAGAAAUGGUGACCACAAUUGAAAAAUAUUGUAAAGAAAAGCAUUUCAAGAUGUCGUAAUUAAGUAGGAAAUGGAUGCAGCAUCAGAACUUAAUUAUUAAUCCGACAACAAUAAAUUUAACAAUAUUGUAAAAUAGAUUUGUAUUAUAAUCAACACAUCAAUUACAUCCAUAUAUAUCUCUGAAUACACGUCAGUGCACAAUAACAAAAACACACUACCAAUAACAGCAUAAAAACCAUAAUAAUUGCUAUAAAAAAGAAACGAUAAAUACUAAAGAGAAAAAUGACCGAAAAAGAAAUGCAAGCACACGAUAUGGUGCGGCGGCGCAACUGGUCGCGUGCCGUUUCGCUCUACGACCAAAUAUUAGCUCAAAUUUCGGCAGCUGCCACCGCCAUCACAAUUGCCACCGCCAACAGUAAUAACAGCUCCGUCAAUAGCAAUAGCACAGCAUUGGCGCGUUCACAAAAAGAUCGUCAAAUCGCCUGCCUUUUGGGACGGUGCGAAUGCAUGCUGGAGCUGAGUCGAUACGAGCAGUGCCUUGCAGAUGCGCGCAAGGUGUUGGCAUUGCUCGCCGAUCAGUCGGCGGAUUGUUUGGCAAGUGUAUCACGUGCGCGCCGUUGGCUCGUACAUGCGCUCUGCAAGCUGAAAAAAUAUAAUGAAGCUGAGCAACUGCUGCGCGAGUGGAUCGGCGAAUUGAGUGGUCAGCAAAGUUUUUUAGACAUUUCCAAAACACUCGAACGCUACAAAUCCAUUAUUCAAAUGAUAAAUGGGCACAAGUCCACUCAGAAGAUCUCACAGUCUCGGCUUGAAGACGAAAUGUCCAUAUUGGACACGAAACUCGAUCAUUGGGCUACCAAUAAUCUGCCGUUGGACAAAUACAGUAAAUUGCUAAGUAACAAAGGACUGAAGAAAACGCGCGAAGGUGGUGGCGAUCGCGGUGGGGGAGAUGGUCGCGGUAAUGGUGGUAAUAACUCAACUAAUAUCGUAGGUCCUGGUCAACAUAAUGGCUCCAUAGGUAGCGGUGGUGGCAGCAGUAGUAUAAGCAGUAGUAGCAGUAGUGGCAGUGGUAGUGGAAGUGGCAAUUCCACAACAAUACUGCAAAAAACAACCGAUCUAUUGGCUGCGAUAAAAGUAACAGGCGGCAAGCACGGCAUGCCCACUGCUGGUACAGCUGCUGAAGAUAAUGACAAUGCUACCUACUGUUCUUACUGUGCUAUUAGUUUUGAGACACGUAACGAGUUGCGGCAACAUUGCCAGACAGAACGCCAUCAAAAUGUCAUCAUGUCGUACGAAGGACGCGACUGGAAAUGGCGGCCACCACCCCGUGGCUUCACGCUGGAUUCAUACAGUUUGUGCGAAGCGUACCAAGAAUCACAAACGUGCCAUUACGGCAAUCAAUGCGUUGAAGCGCACGGGCAGGAUGAGUUGAAUGAGUGGAAGGAGCGCUUCGAGUAUCGACGAAUGCGUCUGCAAAAGGCCAGCGAAAAGGAGCUCUAUGGCAAAUCAUACACAGAACAAAUAUUAGAUCGCUGGAUACAAGCUACAGCGCCAGAGCGCAUUAUGUGCGAGAAGGUUGACGGUGUAGAGGUGCGUUGCGAACAAGAGCUAGUAACGAGCAUCAGUUCGAAGAGCUCCAAGCGUGAGUGGAUUUUCGUGUUGAAAUCAGCACGUGUGUUGCGUGCCGUUGCAUUGCUGCAGGAUGCGCAUCGCAACCAUUUCGCCAUCACUGGCAUUAAAGUGGACGGCCACGCGCCGAUUUUCGAUCUGAAAUCCAACCAAGAAUGGGUGUCUGCAACUCAUAAAGUGUCAUCAGGCGAAAAAGAUGUGACGAAGUUGGCUAUAGAGUUUACCGAUACAACGCUGUCCGGGCAUAUCGGCGUAGCAACAGAUGCACAAACGACAAUGCUGGAGCAUAGAGUGACUAUAGAAUUCCAUACAGAUAUCUAUGGCACUUUCCGGCAAACGGUAUGUUUCGAUCUGGGCAACGAACCAUUACUUGUGCAACAACUUUGUGUCGAUGUUGUGCCCGUCGGCGACGCCGAAAGAAUCGAGGAGAUAAAGCGCGACAUCAUCAAUAGUUCGGUAACGCGUUGGGAUGUAUCCAAUACGAAUUUAGUAAAAUUCGAAACCACAAUUGGCACACACCUGAAGACUGAAGCCUAUCUCAAUGAUCUGAAGCAUGAAAAAGAAAUGCUGGAACGCUAUCCUUGCCCACGUGCGCAAACUUUCACGCUGACGCAAUCGACCAUUGUCGAGAAGCGUCUCACGCAGCAUAAUUACCGUUCGCGCAUACACGAACUGCUGUAUGUGGAGGAGAUUGCACGUUACGAGCAAAUCGCACGCUACAAUGUGCGCACCAAACUGACUGUGACAUCCACUUAUAUACUGACACCAGCGGGUAUGGCCACCACCACAGCCAAAUUCUCGCUGACGGGUGAACUAUUUGCCCUUAUGCGGCUUGGGAAAGACAUUUCGGAAGAUACGUCCGCCGGACGUUUAAUACUUUCGAAUUGCUCCAGUGUUUAUAUAAGUGCACCCGAGGAGAUGCACACACUGAAGGACAGAAAACGCAAUAUUUACGAAGCAACUAUCGAGGACAAAGGCAAAAACGUGAUUUAUCUAAAAUUGUCUGCCAAAUGUGUGGAGGGCAUGAGCUUAAAGGCAGAAACAGAAAUUGAAGUGGACAUACAAUUUCAGUUGAAUCGAUUGCCCUACUGCGAAUGGCACAAUGCCGUGGAUAAGAUAACCGAUUUCAAGAUCAUAUUUCCUGCCACCGAAAUCGAACCGAACAUACCGUGGACACCGAAAAAGCAGUGGUCCGAUGCAUGUGAACCGAAAUUAAAUGCGAAACAGCGCGAGGCAGUGAAUGCGAUCACUACAUCACUGGGAAUCAAGCUACCGCCCAUCCUGCUGAUAGGUCCCUUCGGCACGGGCAAAACUUACACGCUGGCGCAAGCGAUCAAGCAGCUAUUGACGCAGCCCGAAGCUAAGAUUUUAAUUUGUACGCACUCGAAUUCGGCGGCCGAUUUGUACAUCAAAGAGUAUCUUCAUCCGUGGAUCGAGCAAGGCUUAGAAGAAGCAACACCGUUGCGUGUAUACUACCACAAACGUUGGGUAGCCACUGUAAACAGCGUAGUGCAAAAGUACUGCAUAACAGAUGGCGCGGGAAAUUUUCGACGUCCCUCUGUCGAAGACAUCAAAAAACAUCGAAUCGUUGUAGUAACACUAAGUAUUUCCAUGGAGCUGGCCAAUCUGGGAUUGCCCAAAGGUUAUUUCACUCACAUCUUUCUCGACGAAGCCGCGCAGGCCAUGGAAUGCGAGGCUAUAAUGCCUUUGGCUCUUGCCAACGACAGCACACGUAUCGUUUUAGCCGGUGAUCACAUGCAAAUGAGUCCCGAAUUGUUCUCCGCUUUUGCAAAGGAACGAAAACUGCACAUCUCACUACUCGAACGGCUCUACGAUCAUUACCCAUCAAAUUUUCCAUGUAAAAUUUUGCUUUGUGAAAAUUAUCGCGCUCAUGAGGCAAUCAUUAAAUUUACAUCCGAACUGUUUUAUGAGCAAAAAUUGAUUGCUUCCGGUAAGCAGCCGCGUCACGAACGCUUUUAUCCGCUUACGUUUUUUACAACGCGUGGUGAAGAUGUACAGGAUAAGAAUUCAACAGCAUUUUAUAACAACGCAGAAGUAUAUGAGGUGGUGGAGCGAGUAUCCGAGUUGCGGCGUAAAUGGCCCAUUGCUUGGGGUAAAGUGAACGAUGCCAGCAUCGGUAUAAUGACGCCCUACGCCGAUCAGGUGUUUCGGAUACGUUCGGAACUGCGUAAGCGUCGCAUGGGCGGCAUAUCAGUGGAGCGUGUACUCAACGUGCAGGGCAAACAAUUUCGUGCUGUCUUCCUUUCCACCGUACGCACACGCGCCACAUGCUUGCCGCAAAUGAUGAACGCUCUUGUCGGGCCUGGCGGUAUGCAUCCUGCCAUGGGCGGUCAUAUGGGCGCACUUGGUAGCGUGCCAGCAGAAGAUACCGACUUUGGUUUCUUGAGCAACUCCAAGCUGCUAAAUACGGCGAUUACACGCGCACAAAGUUUGGUCGCUGUUGUUGGCGAUCCAGUGGCGCUCUGUUCGAUAGGUCGUUGUCGCAAAGUGUGGGAGCGUUUUAUCGAAAUAUGUGACGAGAACAAAUCAUUAUUUGGCAUUACGUGGUCAUACUUGCGUUCACAAUUGGACGGUGUAGAGCUAAAGCGCGGCUAUGUGCUGAAUCCUCUGGCGCCCGAAUUUAUACCGCGCGCAAUGCAACCGGAAGCGUAUUUGCGUGAUCAAACGGCUAUGUACUUGAUGGGCGCGGCUGGCGUUAAUGCAAACAAUCACCACGGCGGGCCGCAUCCCGGAGCGGGACCACAUCAUCCAGGCGGUCCGUUGCCGCCACACGCUGCCGGUAUGUUGGCCGCAGCAGCAGCCGCUGGUGGCGGUGGCGGUCCAGGCGGUGCACAAAUGCAGCCGCAUCAUGCCGCCAUGGCCGCCGCUGCCAACCACCAACAACAAAUGCAAAUGCAGAUGUACGCACAGCAUCCAGCUGCUGCAGCAGCCUACAAUGCAGCCGCCGCAGCGGCAGUCAUGAUGAAUCAGAGCAUGGGCGCUGGCAAGGGUGGUGCUGGUGGACAUCACUUCCCUGGUCCAACUCACGGCCCCAACCACAUGAAUAUGCGCACGUUAGGACCACAUCCACCGGGUGGACAACAACAGCCAGGGCCACCACCGCCGGGACCGUUGGGGCAGCAGUAUAAUAUGCGGGGGCCACCGCCGCCACCAUCCGCCGUACAUUUGCCACAACCACCUCCACCUGGUACUGCUGGUGCGCCGCCAUCUCAAUUCGCCGCACAAUAUAUGCCGUGGCAACAAGCACAACAACAAUUACGUGGUGGUCCACCAGGUGGCGGUGGCGCAGGCGGCAACUACCCACCGCCGGGCGCACAGCCACAAGGACCACCGCAAUCACAGAACCCCAACGCAAGCCUUUGGGGGCCGCCGCCACAAUCGAAUCCUUGGAGCGCAUUACCUAACAAGCAAUCGCAGAUGCCGCCUCAACCACCACCAAACAGUGUGGGUGCCGGUGGAGGAGUACGUCAAUUGGGUCCACCACUUCCAAACACGCAGCAACAGCAACAAUCGGGUGCGGGCAUGCGUGGUGGAAGUGUACCGCUACAGCCACCACCGCCUAAUGCACAACAGCUACGCGCCAACUCGAAUGACAUGGGCUAUUUGGCGAAAAAGGGCUAUGGACCACAUGCCGCUCCUGGUGGCCCACAACAGCAGGCGCCUCCACCACACGGCACUUUUGGGGCGUAUGUUGGUGGCAACGCGCCGCCUCCACCGCCAAGCCAAUUACAAUUGUUGAAUCAACGCAAUUUGGGCGGCGGCAUGCCGAAUGGACCCAUAAGUCCACUCGAUCCAUAUAUGCAGCGGGGGCAAGGCGGCAAUGCUCAGGCCGGAGGGCCGCAGUCAGCGACAAACUUCUUUGGCGGUGUGAAUAACAUCUCGGCGCUGAGUAAGGAUAACAAGGACUUUCAGUUUCUCAACAAUGUGCAUAUGCCUCAACUGAAUUUAGGCGGCGGGGGAGCAGGAGGGGGCAGUGGUGGUGCUAAUAAUCUCUUCCAACCACCCGGAGCGUUGCAACCACCAGCACCAGGAAACAACAAACAGCAGUCGCCAUCAGCGCCACGUUUCCCGCAGCCGCAAGAGUAUGCGGCGCUACUGCCACCCAAUAUGAGCAUCUACGACAUGGCAUUCGAACCGAAGGAAUCGCAAUACAAGUGGUGCCUAAAGUUGCUCGAGACACACGGUCAGGAAGCGGUUAACAAAUUCACCGAAGGUCUUGGCCAAGUGUUAAAUAUGUUAAACCAGCAACAACAACAGCAACAACAUGUCCAACAGAUGAACGCACGUGGGCCGCAAAUGCAGCCCCCGCCGCCGCCGCCACAUCUGAACGUCAAUCAGUUGCUGCCACGCGACCUUAUGCAGCAAUAUAUGCUUCCCGCUUUGAUGGGCGGCAACAGCGGUGUGGGACCACAGCCACCAAUGCAGCAGCAGCAACAACAACAGCAGCAGCAGCGCAACAGCUUGAUUGGUGGUGGUAUGCAUCACUCAUACCCAAUGAACCCACUAGCAGCCGCUGCUCUGGGUAAUCAACAAGGACCACCGCAGCCGCCACCGCCACCCUCUUUGCUGCCGCCGCCAACAGACGAUACAGCGCAACUGGAUGGCAUCAAUUUUAAUCAGCAAAUCGAUUUGGCCUUCAACACGCUGUUGAAUGGUAACAACGCACAGCCAAUAUUACGCAACCUCUUCAGCAACACGGGUAGUCGAGGUGGCAACAACAACAGCCUAAUGAAUGGUGGCGACUUUCUGCUGGCUCCCAACACAUCGACAACCUCUUUGGUCAGCACCAGCACAUCGGCGUCCGGUGGAUUGGGUAAUCAUGAGCCACCACCACCGCAGCAGCAAAUGAAACUGUUUUCAAGCUUCGGUGGCGGCAGCGCAGGUGAUUUGGGUGGUGGAAAUAUUUUGGUUUCGGCUUUGCAGCAACCGCUGUUGAACAAUAUGCAGAAGGGACCGAUGUUUGCGCCUAUGCAACAUCAGCAGCAACAACAACAACAGCACAUGCAUGGGCAACAGCCACCACAGCAGCAGCAGCCGCCAGUUGGUGGUAGUUUCUUGGGAGGAAAUUCAUUGUUGAAUAGCAAAGACUAUUUGCUGGGUGGCGGCGAUGACAGUAUGCUGAGCGGUGGCUCAAGUGUGCCCUUAUAUCGGCGUCAAGCAAUGGGCAACGGCAGUCUGAGCAAUAAUUUAAGCAACAGCAUCAAUGCAAGCGGCAAUAGCGGUAGCGCUACCGCCAACAGCCAAAGCCACAGCCACGGCCACAAUAGCAGUCACAACAGCUACAAUAACAUAGGUGGCCAUACCGGGACAAGCGGCGGCGGCAGCGGCAAUGCUGGCGGGCAUCUUUUGCCACCGCCUGACAACAUACUUACCGGUGGCACCACUGACAUUCUAGCCGGUCUGAACACGAGUGCAAGUAAUCUGAUCGAAGCGCUGUUCCAAACGAAUUCAACAACCAGUUCAGCGCCCAGUUCGGUGCCGAAUAACACAAUUACAACGACCACUGGAUUAGAGCAACAGCAACAGCAGCCUCCACCACAGCAGCAGCAACAACAGCAACAGCAAACGAGUGGCGGCAGCAAUAGUAGCUCAUUUCAAAAGAUGUUCAACAAUUAUGACAUUUAUGGCUCGUCCGCAGCGACAGCGAAGAAAUAUGAAUUGGACUUAUUUAUGCGCGACCAUCAGUUGGGUGGUGGCGGUGGUGGUGGUGCUGGAGGCGGAGGUGUUGGUGCCAGUGGCAAUAUUAGUGGCAGCAAUAGUGGCGCUGGCGAUGCACCGCUUGUUAAUAAUCAUCAGGUGCAUUAUCACAACAACAAUGCCGAUAAUCGCAACAGUACCACAUAUGCAGCAGUGCUUAGCCAAGGUCAACAUCACCAGCAGCAGCAGCAACAACAACAACAACAGCAGCAUCAUCAGCAACAGCAGCACCAUCAGCAACAACAGCAUCAUGCAGUACAGCAACAACAACAACACCAUAACAAUUUCCAUCAUCAUCAUCCACCGCACCAUGCCGAGCCGCCGACUAGCGGAGUGUCAUCAACACCAACUAGCGGUGGCGCUGGUGGUAAUGCCGGUAGUGUUGGAGGCGCUGGCACUGGUGGUGGUGGUAGCAUUGAAGUGGAAAAGGACCUCUUUGCGGCCAUACGUGAACUGGGUCAAGGCACGAAUGGAUUCUACAAUUAUUUUCAAUAAGUUGAUUUGCCUUGCCGCUGCUUAAUCAUGGCCACGCUUUUCUUCCUUCUUGCUUUUUCAAAUAAUGGCGGUAGUGAAAUUUUUUCGUUGUUGUAUUUGAGUGAAGCUUUGGUUUGUUUAUGAUCCGUAGGCGAUAUUCGUUGCACAGCACCAUGGGCGUAAUGCUGUAAUAGUGCAUGAGGAUGCGACGCGUGUACUAGUGCAAAUGUUUUUGGGCAGUCAGUGCGGUGCGCAGGUGAAAAUAUAUAAAUGAAAAUUGUAGACUAUGCUGGUAGAGUGGUGACCACAAUAACGAUAAGAAGUGCACCUAAAUGUAAUGCUGGAGGUGGGUUAUUUCUAAAUCGCGAACUGCAAAAAAGCGAUGGCAUUUAAAAACUAAUUUGUUUCGGUCGGACUUUACAUUCAAAUUUCAUCACUCAAAAACUGCCUGAAAAGCGCUAAAAAUAUAUUACAGUUUUUAUAUCGAAAUUGAAGGGAGCUAAAAAGUUACUUUCUAAAAUUUCAGUUUCGCUUUAUCAUUUCGAAAAUAAUUUAAGAGCAUCACAAUUCAAUUUUCCAGUAAAUAUUUAUUAAGGAGAGAAAAUAAAUUUUGUAAAUUGUAUGAAUGUGUGUUUGCGGUUUGGCGCGCAGAUUUGCAAAUAUUUGCUUAUGCAGGUUUAUUUAAAAAUUAAUUUUCGAUUUUUUUUCGCUGCUACAAACAAAACUAUAUAAAUUUAGAAAAAGAGAAAGAAAAAAGAAAUUUCAAUUGCGUAAUUCAAAUUAAAUUUGAAUUGAAUUUUAAAUUGCUUACGAAAAUAAUUUGCGGUUUGGCGCGUAGAUUUGCGAAUAUUUGCAUAUGCAGGCUACUAAAAAAAAGCUAUAUAAAUUUUUGAAAAAUGAUGUGGCCUGUAAGAAAUAAAUACAUUUUUGAGUGCGUAAUUCAAAUUUAAAUUAAUUUGAUUGAAUGAAAUUUUAAAUUGCUUACGGAAAUAAUUUUAUUUGCUCGAAAAUUAAUUUCAAAAUUAAAUUCAAUUUUCUUAACUUCAAUUUCGAAUUUUUUACUUUAAUUAAUUUUUUAUUUAUUAUUUAUUUUCAAAAUUCAAUUUAACUUUUUUAACUUCAAUUUCGAAUUUUUUACUUUAACCCUCCGUUGGGCACCCGGGUUUGGCCAGCCUUUCUCGACUUUGGACGUGAAUUUAGCAUAUUUCCCUUAUAGCUAACGACUUGAGCUACCAGGUAGCUUUCUAAAAUUUAAUUUGCUAACAAUUCCUUUUAAAAAGGAUCCUCGCACAGAACGAAAUAGGCCACACCCGGGUACCCAACGGAAGGUUUUAAAAAAGUUGACCAACGGAGGGUUAAAAAGCUCAACUUUCAUUUAACUUAUUUUAAAUCGAAAGUGUCACCUGUUAACCUUCCGUUAAUUUUAUGUAAAAUAAAUUUCUUAUGCACAUUUAAUUUUAGCUGACAUUUUUGCAAAAACGACAUUAAUUCAACUUAACCUCAAUUUCUGCACAAUUAAAAUUUGACAGUUUUAAAUCGAAAGUGUCACCUGUUAACCUUCUGUUAAUUUUAUGUAAAAUAAAUUUCUUAUGCACACUUAAUUUUAGCUGACAUUUUUGCAAAAAUGACAUUAAUUCAACUUAACCUCAAUUUCUGCACAGUUAAAAUUUGACAGUUUUAAGCUAGAAACAUACAUUUAUUAUUGAUGUGAUAACUCAGAUAUUGUUGGAGCUUGCCUAUACAUUUUUUUCCUACCUCAUUGCAGUCCAACCUCUUCCAACCAUUCGCCUCUUUUCGCAUUUCACCAUUCACGUACCUUUAGUUCCUUGCUUCCCUGAUAAUUGAACGCAUUUAAAGCCAUUAUGGUUGCCUUCCUAGCAUUUUUAGUGGUGUACUCAAGUAAUCCUUGCUCCUUUUCAUAACACACACACACAUAUACUCUCAUCUUCCCUCCAUCUCAUACUAUUUUUCUAUUGUAUAUGUAUGUAUUUUUUUAUUAUUAAUUUUAAGUUUAGUUUUCCGCCUUUUGAAUGAGUGCGGGUAUUAAGUUUAUUAAUUAAUUUAAUUGUAAAAAGCCAAUCUAAGGAGAGGAAGCAUGAAAUUGUGUAUGGACGAAAUUCUGGUAAUGUGUAAGCGUAAAAGCACGGUGUGCUUAAGAAGAAAUUUCAUUUUCAGAAUUGAAACACUCAUAAGCGCAAAGGAUUGUUUUUUUUUUGUUUUUUUGUUUUUCGUCAAUUCCAGCAGUUCGAAUCGACUGUUAGACACAGGGUAACGCAACACCUCACCUCAUGCACUGCACUGCCUGCCUCCGGUGACAUUUUGCAAACACGCACCCGCUGCCCCUUUUGAUUUAAAAAUACAUAUAUAAAUAUAAAUAAUAAUGCCUAGUUUGUAGUUUAAAAUAUUAUAUAUUGCAUACAUAUGUGUAUAUAUACAUAUAUGUAUAAUUGAAUGAAUAAUAACAAGAAUAUAAGAAAAGAAAAAAAAACACACAAAAACGAAUAAAAAAAUUGAAAUUGUAUCAAAGUAUGUAUGCAAAUUGUAUAGGUAGAUGAAAUUGAGGUUAAGAGAGAGGUUAGUCAAAGGCUCUUGCACUUCACUUCUCACUCUCUCUUUCCAUUCCUCAACCUAACUGCGAGGAUCUACCACAACAGUGCAUGUUGACUUAUAUAUAAACAUUUAUAUAUAUAUAAAUAUAUAUAUAUUGAUGUAUUUAUAAAUAUAAACAAUGUGAAAUAUGCAUAGUAUGUAAUAGUGUAUAUGUACGUAUUGUAUGUGAGAUAAUUAAGUAAAUAUUAUAUUUAAAUUAAUUUAGCACGAUGACGACACACACACACACACACACGAAAACACACUCAGCGAAUGUGUAUGCAUUGUUUGUACGAUUCGAGGCAAUUAAGGAAGAAAGGCUAACGAGUUAUGGGUGGGGGAGGUAACGGGGGGUAGUAGUUGUCCCUCUGAUCACUCAUUAUUUUCUAAGAUGUUGUUGCUACGGUAACAGACCUUAAAGGGAUAUAAAUUCCAGUCGUUUCGGUGAAAUAAGGCCACCUGUUGUAGGAAUGGUACAGUGGUUGGUUGUUAUUGUAACAGCAAAAAAAUAUAUUACCUAUAAAUUUUUCAUUCCCAUGAUAGGUUGCUCUAUGUUACCGGAACAACUCCAGAAUUUAUAUCCGAUAAAGCGUUGAACUGUCCGCAUUUCAAAAACAUUUAUGCAGAAUUUCUUGUGUUGUUACAACAACAAAUACACAUACAUUUUCUAAGGAAUACUGCUGCUGCUUCCCAAACAUUUAUGGGAAAUUUUGUAUGCUGUUACAACAACAAAUGCAUAUACAAUACAUUUUUUGAGAAAUGCUGCCGCGGGAGGGAAAAGUCCUUGGGCGGAUAUAAAUCGCGGUCGUUCCGGUAACGUUGCACCGACUGUCGUGGGUUCGACGAAAUGUUGCAGGAAUUAUUCGGCUGAGCAUUGACACGCCAGCGUUAUGCGCCAAAAAUAUAUGGCGAAUGUUAUAAACUGUUACAAGAACAACUUUAUAUGACUGGUUGUGGUCCCUGUAGAACGAACGGCAGACAGGAUUGUGCGACCGACCGCCAUUUCUUCGCAAAUCCGCUGUUGUUGUUCUAGCAGCAUAAACAUUCCC